GAUAUUUCCACCCCUCGUCGCUGCACUGUCCAUCAAAAGUCAAACCCCGAGGAAUCCGCUCCAGCUCCAGCCCCCGUUCGCCCGCCGCCAUGCCCCAGACGCAGUGCCGCCUGUAAGCAGCCGAGAGAGCAAGAGAAGUCCGCCGCACAAGCGCCAGGUCAGGUGACAGGAGACAGGAGAAAGGAGCCCGAUUCCCGGAUUCCCGCAACAGGUUGCGCGCCCCCAGCCCCAGGAAGUGUUUAGCCCGCCGACGCCGAGAGGUGCAUCGGCCGCCGUCAGGAUGCAGCAGCGCCGCCAGCCGGCGAACGGCAGCGGAGGAGGAGGAGCAGGAGAGGCGGCCCAGCGGCCGGAGGAGCAGAGCGCGGCCCAGGAUGCGGCGGAGCAGAAGGCUGGCGCAGGUAGGGCGCCGCGACGCGGCUGCUACUUCUCGCUGGCCUUCUCCAUCGGCUCGAUGGGCCUGGCCUGCGGCAGCCUGUGGCAGAUCCCCAACACCAGCGACCGCAUCUCGCUGCAGCGCGGCCUGGUGCUCACCUCGCUGGGCUUCAUCUACUUCGUCUCGCUGACCGACUUCUGCAACAAGUACCUGCUGGAGACCAGCCGCGGCCAGCGCUUUCGCCGCAAGUACCGCCUGAUGAUGUCCGACGUCCUGGAGAUCACCAACAAAAUCGUUUCGGCCAUCCAGGCCUUCUUCUCCUUCCUCGUGGGCCUCAUCGUCUGCAAGUCGACGUGCACCAAGUCCUUCGUUUACGCAUCGCACUUCCUGAUGGAGGCCUACGGAUGGUUCGGCACCGCCUACUUCAUGUACGACAUCUGGUCCAUGUACAAGGUGCACACCCAGAAGAUCGCCGACAAGCUGCACCUGCUGCGCAUCACCAAGGGUCAGGCGGUGAGCAAUGGUCAUGCCAACGGCAAGUCCAAUGGCAAUUCCGGCGGCGGCAACAACAACGGCAGCACUCCAGGCACCCCGCACGAGAUCUGCGACUAUGACGGAGCCUGCGUCCAGAUCCCCAAGGACGGCCGUUGGGACUUCCUCAAGUACGUCCUCACGCACCCGGUCAUGAUGAUACACCACGUCUUUAUCGGCACAUUCGGACUGCUGGUGGUGACGUACAUACGCGGCGGUGGCCACUGCAUCUACAGCUACAUGUUCAUGAUGGAGUUCUCCACGCCGUUCGUCUCGCUGCGCAGCAUCCUGAGCACCAUGCGCCUGAAGGACUCGCGCGUGUACAUCGCCAACGGGCUGCUCAUGCUGGCCACCUUCUUCGUGUGCCGCGUCUGCAUGUGGCCGUACGUGAUGUGGCGCUACAGCCUGGCCAUCGAGGCGGCCUCCAUGUGGGCGGCCAUGUGCGGCCUGCCGCGAGGAUGCCUCGUCAGCAUCGCCAUUCUGUUCUUGCCACAGCUUUACUGGUUCUAUCUGAUGGUCUUGGGGGCUCUCAAGGUAUUCCUACCGCAGAAGCGACGACCGCCCAACGCCGUGCUUCCAGACACAAACGCGGCCACGGCCACUCCCACCGCCCUCAUAAAUGGCAAAAACUAGUGCAAAUUGUAAACUAUUUGUUUUCUAUCCAUGUAUUUAUUUUGAGGCAGAGUUCCAGCCGCUUCCAUUUUGCGGAGAUCUUGCUAUUGUUUAUACAUUUUUAACAAUUAAUUAUACAACAACGACUCACCGGGACGGACGGAAGAGGGAAUCGAGAGAGGACCGCGACGGAUAGCGACGGAAGACCACGACCAGGGACAGAUCUUUAGUUGUAAAAAGACAUUAUUUACUAAAAACCUGAAAAAAAAACUAAGAACAAACGAGAACUAAAACCAAAUGCAGAUGAAGAUGAAGCGAAUAAACUAACUACAUACGUUGCUUAUUUUUUGAAGCAAGCCCCCUAACCAUAAA